ACUCACUGUGCUAACACUCCGUCUGGCACCGACUCGUUGCUCUCUCCCGUGUCCCGUCAUUCGUUUCCCCGGUACCGUCUUGGACGCGUCGUGCGAUCAACUCUCUCCGUCCGUGUGCCGUGCGCGCGUGUCCGUAAUAAAUAAUAAUAAUAAAAAAAACGUUGUGUGCGUCCGCGACCCGCGCGCGUUACAACAAUAUCGUUUCYCGCCAGUGAAAUUUUUUUUUUUAUUAUUAAUUUUUUUUUUUGUUUCGUACUAUUUCUAUGAUAUUAAUACUGCAGGUAUUAUACCUACGUAAUAUUGCGCUGUGAUACUUCGCGUUCGCGUCUUGAACUCGAUAACGACGACGAUCGAGCGUUAACGAYUAAAAAUACCACGCGAUUCGCGUACCUACUCGUACGGUCAUGAUGUUAAGUAACAUUAAUUUGUAAAUAUUAUUUUUUUUUCUUCGACAUAAUUCAAUCGAUCUCUCGGUCAGGCAUUUAUUUUUCCUCAACCGUCGGUUAUUGUGUGUGUGUGUUUUUUUUAAAUGCUCGCAUCAAGCAUCGCAUACGACCGCGUCGACAUAGCGUACCGCUGUCGAAUUAUUUGUGAACAAACAGCGUGCGACGACAACCACUACAACUGCGAACACCAGGACGACGCCGUGACAUGUGCAUAACCACAAUGACCACGUGUUUCUUCCUCGGGUUGGAUGUGCUGGUCGUCGACAGUGUUGCGUUGACCGCGAAUAACAUACUGAACGCUUUUGGUACCACAAACGCGAUGAGCAAAGACAAUGCCAACAACCACGACUCGAUGAGUUCUCUUUUGUUCAUCGUUUAUGUGAUAUUUUGGGUCUUUGUAGUUGGGGUCUCGACUUAUAGGAUCAUACUAUACUUUUGUCCGAACUUAAUCUCCCAGACGGCCGAACACCAACAGCAACAGCAGUCGACCACUACCGCAACAAAACGAACGAAAUCCAAACAGCAGACCACCAGCGCCAAUAAAGACGACACGGAUGACUUGGGGAAUUCAAAUCCGCCGGCGAAUAAAAUUUCCAAAAAAUCUAAACCCUCGUCGGCUCCACCGUCACCAGUAAAGAGUCGCAAAUCUGUUGCGGUGGCUGCGACUUCGGUCUCCACUCCUGUUGACCCGUCACCGGGCCACAACAACUCUUCAGUGGGUGACGGUCUCCACCACAACCACAACAAGGACGGUGACGAGGACUGUAACAACAACGACGAUGACGACGACCAUAAUAGUUAUCAAUACCAGGAUCAUCACCGGAACAAGAGGAGUCGCCGUUCGUCCACUUCGUCUACGUCGUCCACCAAGAACGACGUCAAGCCAGAGCGUCAGCAGUCGAACGGCGGUAAUAGAAAGUUGUCGCCGUCAGUGGCGCCCAAAGUCAGCGUGGUGAUGUCCGCCGCGAGUAAGAGAAAACAGCAGCCGUCCCAAGAACAUCACACGGCGACACAAAACGGACAACAACUGGCGGCGCGGAAGCGCCAUGACAACACUACGACUACGGCGGCCGAVACGUUCGUAACGAAAGAGAAGGUUGUCAAGAAGUCGRCGGCUGAACUGACAAAAAAGGAACAAGCUAAAUUACGAAACAAAGAAAACGAGCUGAAUAACAACUGUACAAGGACAAACAACAAUAAUAAAAUCAAUAAUGGCAAUCUYGAAACGACGUCCAAGAAAAUGGGGAAAAGGUUGCGAAAAAAGCUCAAUAARAAUAAAGCAGAAAUGCUUGCCGAAACGACGGUGCCGGAGAAGAUCAUGACAAUUACAACGGAUGAAAAAAAACCGAUAAACGUAGAAAACGCGAUUCCGUCACCUCAAUUAGCGCUGCACCUAUCGUCCGUUAUUUCCAAAACGGGGGAAGUGUUUGAAGGCAGCCUGCGGAGCUACUUAUUCAUGAAUGACUAUGAAGUCUGGUGCAAGUUGAAGGCGGAAUACGUGCUGAAAGAGGAAGAGCUCUACGACAGCGGAUUUCCGGUAAAGUCCAUGAAGGCUGGGUACGCGCAUUGCUACAGGCAGAACAUGCGGCACAAGGCGUUGAACCCUGUGGCCAAAGAGUUCUGCUUGGACAUGACGGAGAUUUCGUCGACGUCCCCGCCGCCGGCUCCACGAAAGCUCGGACAUCGCAAAGGCUCUGACGACGGACGGCAAAAGCAAAAGCAACAACAGCGACAACAGUCGUCAAACAAUCACGUGCCGUGCGUUCGGUGCUCGUCGUUCUACAACGUAAAGGACGAGCAGAAGUCGGCGGCGCCCGGUCGGUGCACGUACCACUGCGGCAAGUACAAGUUCAUUGACUCCAUGAAAAAGAGCGCGUACAAUUGCUGCUUCGAAGAGAGCCAGACGUCGCCGGGUUGCACCGAGGCCAAUCAGCACGUGUGGAACGGAUUCUUGGACGGCGAUAACGAGAUCGGCAAUUUCGUGGAGACRGGUGACGUGAGCACCUGGUCCGUGUUGUUUCCGUACUCGUCGUGUCCCAAACAAGCGUGCAUGUUGAUGAUGGAAGAAGCGUUAUUGAAAUCGGUUGGAGACGUUUGCCGCGUGUUCGCGUUGGAUUGUGAAAUGUGUUACACCGAGUGCGGCCUGGAGGUGACCAAGGUGACGUUGGUGGACAUCCGCGGCACGGUCGUCUACGACACGCUGGUCAAGCCCAGCCGCCCGAUCGUGGAUUACAACACCCGGUACAGCGGCAUCACCGAGCACCACUUCGCACGCCAUCCGUCCAAGACGCUGAACCAGGUCCGGCGCGACCUGUUGCGGUACAUCAGUAGCGACACGAUCCUCGUCGGCCACGGACUGGGCACCGACCUACUGGUGCUCCGCAUAAUCCACCCGUUGGUGGUGGACACGUCGUUGCUGUUCCCGAACACGGGAUCUCGCCCGAACCAACCACUCAAGUUUUCGCUGAAAUGUCUGGCCUGGCGAAUAAUAAGCCGCGAGAUCCAACUGAAAAACGGCCACGACAGCAARGAGGAUGCCCGGGCCGCCAUGGACAUAGUUCUGUACUAUCUGUACCGCAAGCUGAAUCCGGAUACUUAGCAGCCGGUCGCCCUGCGCCCYGUUGAGCGCAGCCCCCAAUACCAUCCAGUCUCAUUGCUGCUGCACCCCGCACCUCACUUUGUUGUUCCUAUUUAUACUCAUGCAUAUUAUUAUUGUUGUUAUCAUGAUCGCGCAUGCGCCGUACGCACAUAACAUCAGCUACCUAUAUAUACAUUAUUAUUGUGUCGUCGAGUAUUACGUUUAUAUUGUAAUUAAUAUAAUAUUGUGUUUAUGACAGAUGUAGGCACGCGUCGUGUAUGUGCCGUGCGCGUGUAUAAUAAUAUCAUCAAAGUAAUGUGAUGUACAUUUUUUUUUCCUAUUUUAAAAAAAAAAAAAAAAUAUUUUAUACGACUAUUUUUCACUUGACAUUGUGAUAAAUCGAUCGACGGAUGAUCCGGUAUGCAAAACGGUGAUUCCGCCCCGAUCUAAAUUGACUGAGUAAUUUGUUAAUAACAAACUCCCCCUCCCCCCCGCAACCUCAUUUCUCUAUCCCAAGAUUUUUUGUACUUAAAAUUAAUGAUUAUAAAAUAUUAUGUUGUACAAAAAUUGUGUCACUUAUAUAUAUUA